AUGGAAAAAAUUGAAAAAGAUUUACCAACAGUAUCAUUUACAACAAAAAAGAAAGAAAAAUUAAAAAGAAAGGGUAUUAAAGUAAACAAGAUAAAGAAACCAGUUUAUAAUAGUGAUAGUGAAAAUACACCACAACAACCAUUAGAUAGAUUAGAGCAAGAUAAACAAGCAUUAUCAAAUAAAUUAUCAAAUAUUUUAAGUUCAAAUAAAAAGAUUGAAUCCCAUAGUGCACCAAUUCUCUUAAAAUCACAACAAACUUUAAAUCAACAAAUACAAAAAGAAAAAGAAAAGAAAAAAGCUCAAAAAGAAAAAGAAUUAGAAAAAGAGUUAUUAAAAAAUAAAGAUUAUAAACCAAUUGAAAUCCUAUUAACCCCUGAAGAAAGAGAUUUAUUACGUUUAGCUAAAAAGGGUGUUAUUAAAUUAUUUAACGCUGUUACUCAACAUCAAUCUUCUGGUAUGACCGCUUCAGUAGAUUCAAAAUCAAAAAAUAUUUCAAAGAAUCAAUUUUUAGAAACAUUAAAGAAUAGUAAAGUAAAGAAAUCAGGUGAUGAUAGUGAAAGUGAUGAAGAUGAAUAUGGCCAAGAUGGUGGUGAAGAAUGGGAUGUUUUAAAGGACGAUUAUUUAAUUAAAAACGAAUGGGAUGGUGAAGAGCAAGAUUAA